UGGUGUACGACCUGAUGUGGCCUUCUACUCUUAUAGUCCACCUGCCUGAAGAUUCGGUGUGUGUUGUGUUCUGAGAUGCUUUUCUGCUCACUACGUUUGUAAAGAGUGAUUAUUUGAGUUACCGUAGCCUUCCUGUCGAUUUGAACAAACCUGGCCAUACUCGCUAGACUAGACAUGGAGACACAAUGAAGUUCUGUACAGUGCCAAGUUUAUAAGAUGUCAUUUUAAUGCUGACAGUUUUACAUGAGAUCUUGCAUUAAAAACAAAGAAGUAAAUGAAGCAGACACAAUAGCAAUUAUACAACAUAAGAGUACAAAGGAAAAAGGAAAAUUAAAAAAAAAAAACCUAGGGGUUUUCAAAAAAUACAAAAUUCAUAAACCAAAGAUUCUACGUCUUUUUCGUGAUUUUUGUGUUCUAACCCUGCUGAAAAAAAACCCCAAUAGAAACCCUCAUAGAAUCUGUAAUGGUUAUAAUGGGAAUUGCAUGGGUUUUAAUGGAAAGUAUAAUGGUCCCUGUGGGUCUUUACUGGUAAUUUGUUGUCUUCUAUUGGUGACAUGUUAUGUCUAGUGGAUACCAUUAAGAACCAGCGAUAGAAAUGGUAAUUGUUUUAAUGGUUCUCUGAUGGUUUGUAAUGAUAUUUGUAGUGGAAACCAUUAGAAUUUCUUUUUUGGCUUCUAUUUAUUUAUUUUUUUCAAUAUAUAUAUAUUUUUUUAACGUUGUAAACCUGGGUAUGGACAUUCAUUACCCAGACUCUGCUUUUCUUACCUUUAUUCCAACAAACCCCACCUCUUUUCUACCAUUGGCCAUUCAAUAGUCCAUCUUAACCAAUCCUAAGGCUAGAGGCGGGUUUCAGUGAGUCAGUGAAUCAGAUCGUUUGUCUCGGCUCACCAACAUGAUUCGAUUCCUUCGGCUCCCCAACGACUCGUCGUUUUUUUUGUCUAACCUGGACAGCUUGCUAUCUUUUGAAAAGUAACUCUUCUUCUUUACCUAACUACGGCUGAAAUAGUUUCAGGAAAUCUUCACCUACCUUCUAAUAAAUACAGAAAUCAUCCCUGAAUUAACGUUUGCUCUGUCUGCGCUUCACUUAUGCGAGUCGGCUCUGAACGUUCACCUAAAAGAGUCGACUCUCCCCCUACUCUCCAUAGAGGUGCUAGCAUGGAAUGGCGGAUUUGAGCAGUUGAAAGUAAAAAGGCACCAAAACAGACAAUACUCGCAUGGAAUAAAUCACUUUAACUACUCCGCGUAAGACUGUACACAUGCUCCGUCAUGCCGAGAUGAUUCAGAAUACUUUUAUUUGAAUGAAGACCGGUUAAGAGACCUGUGGGUUUGUUAGCAGCUCCCCAUCAUGGAUGAAAGCAGCCUGGAGCAGGCCAUUGAGACCUACACCGCUCAGCUUCAGCAGGUGGAGGCUGCUCUGACCUGUGGACUCGGCUCUUCUGAUCAGGAAGACCUGCUCAAGCUCAAAGAGGAUCUGGUCCAGCUCAUCGAGCUCACCGAGUCCAGCCUGGUGUCUGUCAAGAAGAGCCAACUGUUGGCGUCACUCGAGGACGCCACGACGCAAGAGAGUGCACCAGCCGAAACCACCCAGGAAAGACCCAAGGACGUCAGCUUGGACGAUGAGUUUACUGCCUUCUAUUCGGAGCUGUCCGAGGGUGCGAGCGAGGAAGCGCACGGCCCUAAACCAGAUGACGAUGAAAAUGAGAACGAUGAGGAAGAAGAUAUAAGUGGCACUAAAGUCCGGGCGCCUUACUACACCUCUUGGGGGACGCUCGAGUACCAUAACGCGAUGGUGGUGUGUUCUGAGGAACCAGAUGGCGAAGAGGCUCGAGUCAGAGUGUUCUACGUCCAUCCUACACAGAAAUCCAUGAAGCCCUGCGAAUUCUUUCUGGAAGGCAAGUGCCGCUUCAUGGACAGCUGCAGGUUCUCUCAUGGGGAGGUGGUGCUUGUGUCAGAGCUGAGGGACUUUCUCGAAGCAGAUCUUACAAACAUGCAGCAGGGGUCCUCCUGUUUAGCCAAGCAUGAGGAUGGCAUCUGGUAUCCUGCCAAAAUUACAGAAAUCGACGGAGGCUUCUACACCGUGAAAUUCGACUCGUCGCUGCUGAAGGAAGCUGUCCUGGAGGCCGAUUGCCUCAUUCCUCCUUUGCGGCAGGACGAGAUCUCCUCUUCCUCUUCGGAUUCGGAGGACGAUCUCGAACAGUGUGACGGAGGCUACGCCAAAGUUUUCGGUUCCGGUAAAGAGGAAGGAACGGUCACGGCGAACAGCGGGGAGUUCUGCGGCUGGGAGGCUCACACGCGUGGAAUCGGGUCCAAGCUCAUGCUGAAGAUGGGCUACGAGUUAGGAAAAGGUUUGGGGAAAACGCUUUCGGGCCGCGUGGAGCCCGUGCAGGCCGUGGUGCUCCCGAAAGGCCGCUCGCUGGACCAGUGCGCCGAGUUUACGCAGCGCAAGACUCGGGCGGCCGUCGCCAAAAACAGUCCCGCCUUGAGCAAAAGGAAAAGGAAGAGGAAGCGGGCUUCCACGUCGACCCGGCGUGACGUGUUUGACUUUCUGAACUCUAAACUGGGAGACGACUCCACUCGGUCCGCUUCGGCUCCUUCCUGUUCCGUCAGCGGUGUGGAGGUGUACCAGGCUGGAAAGAGCACCAAGCGCUCACUUAACGUUCAACUCUUCCAGACCUCCGAGAGGAUGAGCCAGGUGGAGAGAGAAAUCCAGCGGCUCACUGACUCUCUGAGCAGGAGAAAUGGAAGGGAUGCUGCAGUUAUUAGUCAUGUGGAAGAGAAGCUCUCGGCAUCUCGUAAGCUCCUGCAGCAGCUGAAGGCUCAGGAGCAGUCUAUCCAGAGAGCUCAGAAGAAAGCAGAUACGCAUAAGAAAAUGACCGAGUUUUGACACAUUCCUAUCUCCUUUUUUUUUUUAUACCGAUGUGAUUAGAGCUCGUGUUUAAGUCGAAAACAGUGCUUCAUUUGGAAAUUUAACAGAACAACCUCUUGUAACAUUUUACAAAACUAUCGAAAUGACCGUUCGUUUAAUUUCUUCUUUACUUUAAAAAGAAAAAACAUAGUGUCCUUACGUCGCACUUUUAUUUUGAGAGUAUUUCCAUAUCGUCCGUGUAUCCUUUUCACCACUCGUGAAAUCAGUACGAGGAAAGACGCUAGGUGAAAUCACUGACCAUGUUUUUAAUAAACAUUUUUGAACCUGUGUCCCGUUCACUCCCCUCUGUUUACUCAUCCUGCUAUUUGAUUAGCAUGUUAAUUAGCCACAGCAGGAUUAACCCCAACACACAAUCUUAGCAAAUACGGAGGAUAAAUAUAUUCUCUAUUUUGGGUAAAGUGGUCCAGAAUCCUCCUCUGCUGGCGUGCAGAUCUAGACUGGGCACUAUGAUCAAUCUUGGAAGGAAAUAUCUGCCUUCUUAGAGGAACGAUACAGGAUCUACCAGAUGAAUAAAUACGCAGUAUUAUAGUCAACUCCAGAGUUUCUGGGAGUUUUAAAGCUAAGAUAUGGUAAUGUAGGUUUUAAUACCUAUAUUUUAUUAACACCAUCCCUGCUUCUCAACUUGGCAUGAUGUUUAACAAUGUUGGAGACACUUGAGUACUGGUCUUGGUCCGCUCCUUACGUGCAGGACGUAGCUACAAGUCCCUUGCUUUGGCCGCAGACCAUCUCAGUUUAUAUAUUUGAGUAAGUAUUGGAGAGUUCUCACGGAAAGACAUUCCUGCUGACGUUCAAGAAAUUCAAGCCUUUGUUGUUUUUGAUUGAAAAUGUAACCAUCUUCUUGAAAUAUAUAUUUAAUAUAUAUAAAACUUCGCUAUUAAGGAUCCAGCUACAGCUUUCCAAGUCAAGCUGACAGAAUGGACUGCGACACACGAGCUCAUCUGUACAUCCCGCCAUUGUUUGUGUAUGUGGACAAAUUCUGGUGGUGUAAUCACCACUAGAUAGAGCACGAGGCUACUUCUGACAAUUUGUUUAGACAGAGAUGACAAAUAGAGCUCUAGGGCAGGGGGUUC